AAGAAUAUGCAAAAAUCCCCUGCAACUACCGACACAGAAUCCUUGUCACCCGUCAAUAUUUCCCUGCCGUCUUGUCUGGCUAGCGACUCAUUUGGGUUAAUUAGAGCCGGCCAAUUAUUUAAGUGUCCGUGUUGGCUGCGCAACACAUCUCACCCACAGUUCAACGGAUACCAUAACAAUAACUCCCAUUCCCAAUCGCCCCUCCGCGCGGACUAGUUUUCCCAUAUCUUGAACAUUUUCUCUCCUGAACCUGUCUGCUACCUAAAUUCCAACUUUCAACUAGUUUCGUAAUGGCGGGUCGUUUUGUUCGUUCAUCAAAGUAUCGCCAUAUCUUCGGACGCUCAACAAGAAAGGAACAAUGUUAUGACAAUCUCCAUAUUUCCAAAAAUGCCUGGGAUACGAAUUUGGUCAAGGUCAAUCCGAAAUACAUAUCUGUCAACUGGGAAACUUCAGGAGGUGGCGCCUUCGCCGUACUCCCACUUCAUGAAACAGGCAAAGCACCAGACCGAUUCCCCCUCUUCCGUGGCCAUACCGCCGUCGUACUAGAUACAGACUGGAACCCUUUCAACGACUCUUUGAUCGCAUCUGGUUCAGAUGAUGGCAAGGUUUUCCUUUGGAGAGUGCCUGAAAAUUUUACUCUGCACACAGACGCAGAGGAAAUCGCAGAUGUCGCCCCAGUUGGAAAAUUAAGCGGACAUCCAAGGAAAGUUGGACACGUCCUUUUCAAUCCCGCCGCUGAGAAUGUGCUAGCCUCCUCAUCCGGCGACUACACUGUGAAAAUCUGGGACAUCGAAUCCGGAUCAUCAAAGCUCACGCUGAAGCAUGCCGAAGUUAUUCAAUCAUUAUCAUGGAGUGCAAACGGUUCUAUGUUAGUUACUACUUCGCGGGAUAAAAAACUUCGUUUCUGGGACGUGCGCCAGGAGAAACCUGCACACGAAACAGCUGGCCAUUCCGGUGCAAAGAACAGUCGCGCUGUAUGGAUGGGUGAACACGACCGCGUCGCCACCACUGGAUUUUCAAAGAUGAGUGAUCGCCAACUAGCCUUAUGGGAUAUUCGCGCCCCCCGAGAACCCAUUAAUGGAUUCAACGAUGGUAAUAUUCGAUACUUUGAAUAUGAGAAUGACAAAUUCGAAUACCUGUCGGAAUAUAAAUCAGCAGAUCCACAGCGUGGUAUCGCCUUUAUGCCGAAGCGUGGGGUGAACAUGCAUGACAAUGAGGUGGUUAGGGCUCUCAAAACUGUUAACGACACUUACAUUGAACCCAUCUCCUUCAUUGUUCCUCGACGGGCUGAAAUGUUUCAAGACGACAUCUACCCACCCACUACCGGUCUCAAGCCAGCCAUGUCAGCGGCCGAAUGGUUUGAUGGCAAGGAAGCCCUUCCCCCAAAGAUUGAUUUGGGCAGUUUAUAUGGCGGAGAGGGACUAAAGGAGGUUUCUCCACUAAGCCCUCCAAACGCGGCCCAGAAACACAGCUCACCUGUUCAGCAAAGUGAACUGACCCCGAAGGAGCCAUAUCCUAGCAAACCUGCUGCUGUUUCCGGAAGAGUUGACACUCCUCCCUCCGUAAAGGAACAAAGUUCCUCUAUUGCGGCCAUGGCCUCCAAAUACGCAGAUGGCGAAGAAACUGACCGUGAUGUGGAUGAUGGUUCGAGUUUCGAGGAGGUUCAAAAACCAGCAAGUAGUCGCCCCCCUGCUAUCACAUUUUCUCCGCCGGAAACUAGUGAAGCAACUCCAUCGAAAGUAGUGCCGAAAGUAGAUUUACCCUCAACGGACUCUACAGCCGAGAAGUCUUCAACAUCAACCCGUAUCACGGAUAUUUCGGCUGGCGUACAGGAUGUAGUCCAACGUGAGUUAUCCUCGUUAAAGAGCUUGAUUUCAGAACAAGGCCGAACAAUUGCUGCGCAGACGCGACAGAUCGAGUUCUUGACGAAUGAAAUUGAAGAUCUCAAGGCGAGAUUAACCUAA